GUUAGCCCGUCCGGAGUUCAUUUAGCUGCCAGCCGGCGAAGAAACCACAACGCAUCAAGUAUCGUGUGUCCGAAAAAAAGCUAGAGCUCCUCCAAAAUGCCGUCCCCACUGUGGCUGUUGAUCUCAAUGCUUGUCGUUGUUGGCUCGCAGGACUACCAUUACCAACCUCCGCAAACUCCUUUUACGGCGGAGACCUACCACCAACCGCAGGCGCCGCAGCAGCCUCAAACCACAAAGUUUGUGGUGCAAACCCUGGGUCGCACUUAUGGGUUGGAAACGCAGCGGGCGCCCGCCAUCUACGAGGAUCAUCAGACCCAGGUGAUCCGCGUUUUGGAGCAGCGUCAGUUGCAGCAGCAGCCCCAGACUUACUACCAGGCUCCCCAGCAGCAGCAGCAAUACAGCUACCCAGCUCCGGUUCCCCAGCAGCUGCACACUUCUUCCUACACUAAUCCCCUUUUGGUCAGCGCCAGCUAUCAGGCUCCUCCGCAGGCUCUGGCUCCUCCAGCACCCGCUCCCCCAUCACAGCCACUGAGCUAUUACCAGCCGCAGCAACAGCAGCAACCGCUGGUGCCAGCGCACCAGAGGAGCCCUGCUCCGAUUGUUGGAUACUCCACUGCCCGCCAGCAGGCGCUGCAACCAGGGACCCAGUACCUGCCUCCUCAGCAGCCGCCCCCGCAGAAGCUCUUCUUCGGCAACCCUCAACCAUACGCCUCGGUGACCAUCGGCGGUCAGCAGGUCUUGGACGCAGGUCAUGGCUCAGGAGUCGCUCCCAAUGAGGUGCAGGUACAGCUGGUGGCCGCCACGGGCCAGCAACCCCAGCAGCCGCGUAUCGGCGACCAUGUCGGUCAGUCCCAAGGUGCCCAGGUCGAUGGCUUCGACUACAAGCAGACUUCUCCCGGGGACACCCGAGACUACCAGAGAUUUGUCACCAACUGUGGACCCGGAGGACAGUGCCAGCGCAAGGAGCUGGGACCUGGAGAGGUGGACCCCACCCACCAGAGGGUGCUGCAGUUCACCCGGUCCAGCACUCAGCCCCGCAUAGAGGGCUGCUUCAAGAGCCCCGUGAUCUACGUGCCCGUGGGAGCGGAGGUCAAUAAUCAGGGUCAGCUGCGGCCCAAGAACCGCCGCCAGAACGAGCGCCAGGAGCAGAUCCUCUCCCGCUAUCCCUACAACUAGACUAAUCCUCUCCAAAAAACCGAAUUUCACAUCGAAUUUAUUAGUUGUUACAUCUUAGUUGUCAAUUGAAUUGAUUUUUUUGUAAAUAAAUCGAUCAAAAGUUUACAUUUAAAA